AUGAGAGUUAUCAGUAGUGAAGGGCGAACAAAUUACCCAUUAACUUUGUCAGUGGACGAUGAUGACAAUUCAUUGAGUUUAACAGCACAAGUGAUGUCAUCAAUAUCAGCAGCAAGAGUUUGUGGUUAUAUGCAACAGGCUCUCAUCUCACUUUCCGAUGCAUUAACACACACACCAGAGAAAUCGGUGCGAACAUUGAUAGUGAUGCCAAGCGAAGAACGAGAAAUGCUAUUGCAUAAUUGGAAUCAAACGACAGUCAAUUAUCCACCUGUCUGUUGUCUUCAUGAAUUAUUCGAGAUGCAGGUAGCUCACGAUGGACAUGCAAUUGCAGUGGAAUGUGAGUUAGAAACAUUGAGCUACGAAGAACUCAAUACGCAGUCAAACCAAAUAGCGCACUAUCUGAUUGCAAAAGGUGUUAGGCCAGAUGAUCGGAUCGCACUAUGCAUUAAACGAAAUUCAAAAAUGCUCAUAGCUCUUUUAGGAAUUUUAAAGUCCGGUGCUGCCUAUGUACCUCUCGAUCCAGCUUAUUCCAGUCAACGUCUAACCAAUAUUCUACAGGAUUCCGAGCCUUUGUUUCUUUUGGCAGAUUGCACUGGCCAGAAAGCACUUGGCACUCAUCACAUUCCGAUUGUGGACUUAGAUCAGACUAUGUCCAAUGACCUUUCAACCGAUAAUCCUGACCCGACCACACUCGGACUCACUCCUUCGCAUCUAGCCUAUGUGAUAUACACAUCUGGCUCAACUGGCAUACCGAAAGGAGUAAUGGUAGAGCAUAAAAAUGUUUUUAAUUUAGCUCAUGCUCAAUCUUCGCUUUUCGGAGUAACUGUUAACAGUCGAAUUCUGCUGUUUGCAUCCAUAUCUUUUGAUGUCAGCUUACAAGAAAUUGUAAUGGCUCUAACAAAUGGAGCCUGCCUUUGCCUGCCAAAUGAUGAAAUACGCCGAACGGACACCUCUUUGCUUAAAUAUCUUAGAACCAGAAAUGUUACUCAUGCAUAUUUACCACCAGCUCUAAUCCGAAAUACAACAAACACUGCAGACUUAAAGGUCUUGCAAGCACUUAUUUUGGGCGGUGAAACACCUCCGCUAUCCCUUUUACAAAGUGCCAUUUCUAAAACAGUCAUUUUUAAUGCCUACGGACCAACCGAAGUGACUAUGUGCGCAACCACCUGGUCGUGUCCGUUAGAUUUCCAAAAUCAUUUGAUCCCAAUCGGUCGUCCGCUGUCUAACAUACAGAUUUACUUAUUGGAUGCUCAUGGUGAGCCAGUGCCAUUGGGAGCCGAAGGAGAAAUAUAUAUAAGUGGUGCUGGUGUGGCUCGCGGCUAUUUAAAUCGACCUGAGCUUACCGCGGAACGAUUUUUACCUGAUUCAUUCAGUGACAAACCAUCGGCACGCAUGUACCGCACCGGUGAUCUAGCUCGUUAUUUGCCUGAUG